AUGGGGAGCUGUUCUGCCUUCUUUGCAUCUAUUAAAACAGCCGCGUCCAAUUUUCCAAAUCACCGAGGUUCGGCUACUGCGUUUCCACUUGCAGCAUACGGAUUGAGCGCCUUUUUCUUUUCAACCAUAGCAGCCUUUGCAUUUCAUGAUGACACAUCCCUAUUUUUACUUGUUCUUGCUGUUGGGACCUCAUCAUUAAUAUUUGUUUCAUCCUUUUUUAUUCGUGUCCUUCCAUACUCAUCUGCAUAUUCCUUGGUAUCUGAAAAUGAGUCGGAGAGCAUCUCUCAAUCAAGCCAGCUGCAUAGAACAAGGUCAACGGAGACACACCGCGCCCCUGAGCCAAGAGAGCAAGUUGUAGACGGUAAUGAUACGACAACAUCGCCAGUGCAGCGCCGCGACGAAUUCACCAUUCCGAACGCUGAGAUUGAGGAGACCUCUUCAUUGAUGGCACGGUCAUCUACGAACUCUCCAGACUCCCUGUACGAUGAAGAAACAAGGUUACAUGAAACCGGCGACUCGCUGUAUGCCGAUUUACGCGGAAUUUACAUGUUGCUUACAGUCGAAUUUUGGCAACUAUUUACGAUGCUUGGCGUCUUAACUGGAAUUGGCUUAAUGACAAUAAAUAACAUUGGUUAUGAUGCUAAGGCUCUAUGGACUUACUAUGAUCGCAACGUGACUUCAGGGUUCCUUCAGAAGCAGCAGGCGAUUCAUGUUUCCACACUCUCCGUGCUUAGCUGUGUUGGACGCCUUUUGAGCGGUAUUAUUCAGCGUCACCAUAUUCUUUUCAGAAAUGUUCGACUAACCUCUCGCCCAGGCAUCGGCUCUGACCUUCUCGUCAAACAACUCCAAAUGUCCCGAAUAUGGUGUCUUUUCAUAUCUUCACUAUGUUUUUGCAGUGCACAAUUUGCUGCUACCCGGAUUUCUGAUCCACAUCAGCUUCUUUUCGUUUCCGGAAUGACUGGUUUGGCGUAUGGAAUGUUGUUUGGUGUGUUCCCCUCCAUCGUUGCUCACACCUUUGGUAUUGGGGGCAUAUCACAAAACUGGGGUGUCAUGACACUUGCGGCUGUGAUUGGUGGGAAUAUCUUUAAUCUCAUCUAUGGAUUCAUUUUCGACCGCAACUCCUACAUUUCACCAGAUGGCGAUCGAGACUGCAGAGAAGGUCUACGAUGCUAUCGUGCAGCAUACUGGGUGACCUUUUCUGCAGGACUUCUGGGAACGGUGAUCGCGCUGUGGAGUAUUUGGCAUGAAAGAUCCAUUGUCAUGCAAAUGAAGACCGGGAAGAAGAGCCGUUUACGUGCCAGCCAACCGGUCACACGCUGA